CGUCUCGGACACUCAGACCGCGCCAUGGCAAGCCUCAGGGAACACGUCGAGAUGAAGGAGCAGCCUGGCUUCGUCGACAUUUCCCUGAAUGAGAAGGGACCCCCACCUCCUCCCCUCCCCCUCCCCCGUCUCUCAUGGCGUAAAGGGACGGUUGUGGCGGCCGUGUGCGCUGUUGCCGUCGUCGCCACUGUUGCCACACUUGCCGUCUUCGCUCAGGAUGGCGGUGCAUCUGCAAAAACAGCGCAUCCACACCCUCACGUAGGCACCGAACCCCAGAUGAUUGGCGACGCUGCAGGCCUUCUGCGCGGUUCCAAUGUCUUUAAACAGUUACUUUCGGGUUUACUAACGGCAAGCAAAGAAAACGAGAAUGGACAGCAAGCGUCACAGAAAACGGGGGAAGUCAAGCAGGAAAUUGCAGAACCAGAGUUUAAAGAGGUGCAGGAAAAACUCGAGAAUGACGAAGGUUACGAGGGUGGGGGUCGUCCUUACCCUCCAAGUCGAGUCCGAGCGUCACUUGUUCCUCCUCCAGGCGACCCCAACUUCAAAUCGGAGGUCGUCCUUUUGGAGAAUCCUCGCGAGCACGACCAGCCGAGAUCGGGGGAGGAGGAGGAGGAGGAAGUGAAGGAGACGGAGAGGAAGAGAGGACAAAGGGAUACUGCAACUAAGGUAGAGGCAGAGGAGGGGGAAGUGAAAGAGGUGGAGGCAAAGGAGAAAGAGGUGGAGAAGGCAGAGGAAAAGGUGGAGAAACCCGCUAAAAAGGUGGAGAAACCCGCGAAAAAGGUGGAGAAACCCGCGACAGGGGAACUACAGCAGCACCUCGAGUCCCCUCACAACAAAGAAUUCGUUGUGUGCGAGACGCCCGAGUGUGCAGUAGCAGCCUCGCAGAUCUCGGAGAGUCUUGACCUUUCGGCGAAUCCUUGCGAGAACUUUUACCAGUUCGCGUGUGGGGGCUGGAUGGACAAGCACCCGAUUCCUGAAGAAGGGGCCACCGGCACAUUCUACGAAGCAGGUGACAUCUUGACCAAACGUCUUAAACUGAUCUUGGAGAGCCCCGUCUCGCCAGGUGCUGCGGAACCCCUGCAUAUGGUGAACCGCUUCUACGAGACUUGCAUGGACACAGACACCAUGGACAGCCUCGGCCUCCAACCCCUGAUCACGAGCCUCAACAACCAAGGUGGGUGGCCUAUGGUGACCGACGGCUGGGACCCCGCCCACUUUGACCUCGCCGCCGCUCUCGUUGACCUUCGCUCCAUCAACGUCUAUCCGAUUUUUGGCGUGGGCGUUGAUGCGAAUGUCUUCAACGUCUCUCGCAGGGUUGUUUACGUCCAAGCAGGCACGGUGCCCCUCGGUCUGGGCCUCAUGAGCCAGGCCACCGACGCCGUCCUGGAUGCCUACCGCGCCUUCAUGACAGCGGCGGCCAAGGAGCUUCGUCAGGAGUUGGGGUCGAGCGCUACUGACGAAGAGAUCGAGGCGCAGGUGCAGGAGGUGGUGGACUUCGAGAUCGCGUUCAGCAAGCUGGUGAUAGAGUCGUCUGUCGAAGCCACAGACAGCAGCUGGGAAACGAACGUAGCUGGAAUUCAGGCUGACCUUGAUGACGGGGUACCUGGGCAGUUUAACUUCCUGGCCUUCAUGAAGGAGAUGUUCACCAACACGGGGGUCACGAUCAACGAGGACGAACCAGUUAUUUCCUUCAAGAGUCCGUUCUUCGCCAACUUGACUACCAUGCUCGCCAACACGCCUCCACGCACGAUCGCCAACGCCAUCGGGUGGUGGUGGGCGUACGACAUCGGGCGCGAGACCACCUACGCCAUGAGGAACAUCAGCUUCGACUUCCAGCAGGCGUUGACGGGGGCGACGGAGCCUUCGCCGAGGUGGGAGCACUGCCUCCCGCAGGCCAAUUACAACCUAGGAUUCGCGCUCUCCAGGGCCUACGUGGAUAGGUUCUUCCCGACGACGGCCAAGGACGAGACAAGCGAGCUGGUGGAGGACCUCCGCGCCGCCUUCAACUCCCUCCUGGAUGAGAACACGUGGAUGCUGGAGGAUGACCUUGCCGUCGCGAGGGAGAAGCUGGCGGCGAUCGACCCCUUCGUCGCUUAUCCGGACUGGAUCAUGGACGACGCCGAACUCACCAACGGAUACGAGGAU